CUUCGCCAUUUGGGUUUCUCGUGACCACACCCCGCCCGCAAUUCUCCGCCCCUUGUCCACAGUAUAAACAAUCUGUACGCCCGCUCCAUCUUCAGCACAGUCGAGUUCGCGUUACCCUCUGAAAGUUGUGUGGUGUGUUGCUUAGUGUUGAAACCUGUAGCAGCCAUGGCCGCCGCUACCGCCAUGCACUCCACCACCUUGGCUGGGCAGAGCUUGCUCAAGCCCGUGAACGAGCUCUCCCGCAAGGUUGGCUCCUCUGAGGCCCGCGUCACCAUGCGCAGGACCGUGAAGUCCACCAGCGACAGCAUCUGGUACGGUGCCGACCGACCCAAGUAUUUAGGCCCCUUCUCUGGAGAGACCCCUUCAUACCUGACUGGUGAGUUCGCCGGUGACUACGGGUGGGACACUGCUGGACUGUCCUCUGACCCUGAGACCUUCGCCAGGAACAGGGAGCUUGAGGUCAUCCACGCCCGAUGGGCCAUGCUCGGAGCUUUGGGGUGCCUCACCCCCGAGCUCUUGGCUAAGAGCGGUGUGAAGUUCGGCGAGGCCGUAUGGUUUAAGGCCGGAGCUCAGAUCUUCAGCGAGGGCGGUUUGGACUACUUGGGAAACCCUAGCCUUGUUCACGCUCAGAGCAUCUUGGCCAUCUGGGCGUCCCAGGUUGUGCUCAUGGGAGCCGUUGAGGGUUACCGUGUUGCCGGUGGACCCUUGGGUGAGAUCACCGACCCCAUCUACCCCGGAGGCUCAUUUGACCCCUUGGGUUUGGCUGAUGACCCCGACACAUUCGCUGAGUUGAAGGUCAAGGAGAUUAAGAACGGCCGUCUCGCUAUGUUCUCCAUGUUCGGAUUCUUCGUCCAGGCCAUCGUAACCGGCAAAGGCCCACUCGAGAACUUGAAUGACCACUUGGCUGACCCCGUCGCCAACAACGCCUGGGCAUACGCAACCAACUUUGUUCCCGGGAAUUAGAUCAAAAUCAGAAUUGAGAAUGCCCUGAGCAUUGCCCUAGUGGAUUGUAUCAUAGGGCCACAUGGAGGCUCGAUUUUUUCGGUUGUGGUUCAGCUGUCGUGAAUAAAGACUGUAUUAUUCAUCAA